AUCAGCCUGUCAGCCACCUUUCCUGGAGGAGCACUUAUUGUUAAGUAUGAAGGUCAUUCACAAUGGUAUCAAUUUUCAUGGUGUUAGUAUCAUCAAUCAGCCUGUCAGCCACCUUUCCAGGAGGAGCACUCAAUGGAAUGUCAUAAUUGUCAUUGCAUUAGUGCAGGAAGAAUGCAACUUGCUUUACUACAGCUCCUUGCCUGACUAACGGUCAUAAUAGUUAGGCUAGCUAAAUGCGUCCCACUGCGUAGAUCCUCUAAUUGUGUCAAUCUUUGAUCUGAUUGGUCAGGUCGGAAUUCCACAAUAGCAAUACGAGGAAAGGCGGUUGAUUCAUGAGACUACUCUCUGUUAUGUGCUAGCUUUGUCUCGAUCAACUGCAUGCAUGUGCAUGCCUUUGCUGUACCUGAUUCUAUAAAAGCACGCUAUUUGGAGGUUUCUUCAUUCUCAGCGGAGAUUUCAAAUCAACAAGAAAAGACGAGAAAAGCCAACGGAACGAAAUGAAGUUGCUGCUGCUUGUGAUUUGCUGUAUGAUUUCCACAUCACUAGCUGGUCUGGUUGACAAAGAGGCUAAACUGGAAACAGUGCUCAAUGAAGUUGAAGAGAUAUUGCAAGACCUGAAAGCUGAUGAUGAUGAGCCUCAUCUCGAAGCAAUUGGAGACAUUCAAAAACUUGAGUCGCUGAUCAAUGAUCGUGAACUUCAGAAUGGAGCAGAUAUCGAGGGAGAUAUUUCACCAAAGCCAUCCCACGAACAAGACUCACAAGGGAGUCCUGCCACCAUGGAGGAGAUGUUGCUUCACACUGAAAACAUUGACGAGGCAACUGCUGAAGUGGAAGCUGCUGGGGGCCACAUUCUACUCCAACUUGGUCACAACCUCUUGGUUGCAAAUGUCCCCUCUCAUGUAGCCAAGCAGAAUAGCUUCAGUCAAGCUUCAGCCCAUAUUCCGAGCUCAGCAUCAGCAGAAACUUUAAGCCAUGCUAAUGCCUACUGGAUGUCACGAGAAGAUGAGCUGAAACCACAACCAACGAUUCAAAAGUGGACAGAAAAAACGGCUCCAAUGGCCUUUAAACAAGAAGAUUCAGACGAAGAUUUUCAGGGAGAUGCACCCUACCGCCGAACCAUGACUGGGAAGAUUGCCGUUCUAAUUUUUAUUUCUUCCGGUCCUGGUAGGUUAGCAAUAAGCAAUACGGAGAAAAAGAAGAUUAUAAGUGAAUGUCUAGCAGGACUUAAAUUCUGGUCAAACCAAGCUCGGAAAAAUGGGAUUAGGUUGUCGUUUGUGAUGUAUUAUGGGAAGGCAAGAAUCAGUGCUUCCAACCCAACCUCUUGCUCUAGCUACGCAUCUUGCCACGACAAGUUUGCUAAUCCUACACUCAGAGCUUUUGGUUUCCCAGCUGGUAAAGCUGGAAGGAACAGAGCAGCACAAUAUAUUAAAAACCGUGGUCGUGCUAAUGGUGCUUUCCUUGGUUUCUUCUCCAAGUACAAGCAAAGCCAUUUCGCAUAUGCCUAUUUUGGUGGCGGACCUUUGUACAUGCAGUACAGCAAUGACGGUUGGGGUUCUGAUCAGAUUGACAGGGUUUUCGCUCAUGAAGUUGGACAUGUUUUUAAUGCUCCUGACGAAUACACAAAUUGUCAGUGCUACCAACGGUAUGGCAAGGGAAGCUGCACUGCUAAAAAUGCCAACUGCAAGACCUGCACUUCUUCUCAAGGUGGCUGCAUUAUGGACACCAAUGAUCUGGGCAACCUUUGCGAGUACACCAAGAAGCACGUGGGUUGGUGCUAAGAGACUAAUACAAGGAAUAUAUACUUCUGGACUGCUUUUUAUGGACUUGACCUAUCCUAUAGUGCAUGCAUGCUGUGCAUAGUUUAGCUAUUUUACUUCUGGACUGCUUUUUAUGGACUUGACCUAUCCUAUAGUGCAUGCAUGCUGUGCAUAGUUUAGCUAUUUUACUUCUGGACUGCUUUUUAUGGACUUGACCUAUCCUAGUGCUGCAUGUGUAUAUAUAUAGUUUAGCUAUUAUAAACAGUUGACUAUAAUAAUUUGU